AUGGUUGUGCGCAAUAUUGAAACCGACAUAUUAGGCCAGCUAUUUUCUAAGAAUACUACAAGAAUUGGCAGGAAAAACGACAAAAAAGCUCAAGCCAAAUCCACAAAACCACAGAACACCAAUAAUAAUAAUGAAAAUAGUGAUUUGGAUAUUCUAACCUUUAUAGCAAAUGCCUCAAAAAAUACGAAAAAACAACAAGCUGAAUCAAAACUCAAGCCAAAACAAAACGCUUCAAAAAAAACUUUGGAUAAAAAAGUUUCAAUUAACCAAAUUGAUCCUAAUACCUCUAAACCCCAAGUUGAUGAAUCCAAAUUCUUCCUAUCGGCGUCUGACAUGACUAGUAUCCAAAAUGACGCUGCAAAAUUUCCUAUGUUUGGACCAAUAGCUGGAAGAACAGUUAGACUUACUCGUGCUGGCGAUGUUGGUUCUGCAUAUUCCAAAUUAAACAGUAUACUAAGAUUAAGUAAUAUCAGAGAAUUGUCAAGAAACCAGAAAGUUCACUAUACUCGUGGUGAGACCAAGAGACUCGAUAGAUCGAAAAGACAUAGAAAGCUAUUUAAAGAAAAUUUCAGGAAAAUGAUCAACACUGUAAACACUGCUGUAAGAAGAGGCUACUGA